AUGAAUUAUUCAUUGUUGUUUUUGAUAUUAUUGGCUCGACUUUCGAGUACCAGCAGUAAAAACGAAAAACUGCACAACGUAGGAUCGGAACUGGUGCAAGGUCGUAAAGAUGAUAGACUGUUGUUGUUUUCAACUUUGGACGGUACUUUAAGCGCUCUCGAACAGGACACCGGUACUAUACGAUGGACGAUUAAAGAAAAACCUAUUGUUCAAGUGCCUUUAAACGCUUCGAAUGCCAUUGUGCCUCUUUAUCUACCCGACCCUAGGGACGGGUCCCUCUAUUUAGUAGGGGAUAUCGGUAAACCUUUGAAGAAACUCCCUUUUACCAUACCCCAAUUGGUUUCUACGUCGCCUUGUAGAAGCUCCGACGGCAUCCUUUACACUGGAAAGAAAAAAGAUUCAUGGUUCAAAUUGGAUCUAACCAAUGGCAGGAAACAGCAGAUACUCGGUUGGGACGACACCUACGAGACCCCCACCUGCCCCAUGGACCCUGAGAGGUUCAUCUACAUAGGCAGAUCCCAAUACACCUUAAGGAUGGUGGAGGAGAAGAAACCGGAGAAUAAGUGGAAUGUCACUUUCUACGAUUAUACGGCCAGGCAAAUGGCCAAAGAAAAAUGCAAUAAUUAUAAGGAGUGUAGUGGAUAUUAUGAUAAAAUUCAUUUUACAUCUGCCUCUACCGGCCAGAUAAUAACGCUUAAUCAGCUCAACGGAAAUUUAAUAUGGGAGACGAUAUUAACCAGCCCGGUGAUCGGUGUCUACAUACUAGACGAAGACGGCCUAUUAUCCCUGCCUUUUACUGCUUUAGCCAACGACACCAUCGACGACAUUAAACAGAACCUCGUCGAUAACAACGGCGUCCUCUUAAACACCAAUCGAGUGAGAUUAUAUCCCACCCUGUACAUCGGCCAGCACACUCACGGCCUAUUCGCCAUACCGUCGUUGGUAGAUAAAAACCACGUGACCGUAAUAGGAUCCGAUAACGGAGUGUUGCUAUUGGACGGACCGAACGGUCACGACAACAUGGCGCGUCAUCAAUACCCCUUGCCCGGUUACAAUUACUAUCUACCGAACGAUGGCGCUGACGACAACGACGUGCUGUUCCAAAGUUGCCCGAAGUUCGGUAACCACAUAAAGGUCUAUCGAGGCCACUACAAGUUCCCCGCUUACGGCAACCAGCAGUUGAUGACGCCCCAAAGGGACCUCAUCGAUUUCUCGGGCGAGGAGCGCCGGAAUUUCGACAAUCCGGAGGAUUACCUGACGAUCGAAACGGAUAAGGAGGAGUCGAGGGCAAUUUGGAAUUGGUUCCAGCGCUGCUACGAUACCGCGAAGUCGUGGGUCAACCAGCAAGAGAACAAAGGUUUGAAGAUGUCGCUUAUAAUUAUGACCGGUUGCGUUAUCGCUAUGUUUUGGUACCUGCAAAUACAGGUUCGCGAGUUCCAAAGCCAAUCGAAGAACAACUCGCAAUCGAAUCACAGCGGUUUCGGUAACUUCAUCGGCGUAUCGGCGCUACCCGAGGAACUGCCCGACGGUACCGUGCAAAUCGGGAAGAUCACAUUCCAUCCGGAUCAGUUGCUGGGUAAAGGCUGCGACGGCACUUUCGUUUACAGAGGGGAGUUCGAUAGCAGACGGGUGGCCGUGAAGCGACUGUUGCCCGAGUGUUUCACGUUCGCCGACCGAGAGGUGGCGCUGUUGCGAGAAAGUGACACCCACCCGAACGUCAUACGGUACUAUUGCAUGGAGAGGUGCCGGAUGUUCUGCUACAUCGCGUUGGAAUUGUGCCAGGCCACGCUCACCGAAUACAUACAGGGCACCUGCGAUUUUUGCCCCAUCACUCCUUUGGAUAUUUUGAGGCAGGCCACGUUCGGCUUGAAGCAUUUACAUUCAUUGGGAAUCGUUCACAGGGAUAUCAAACCGCACAACGUGCUGAUAUCCGUGCCGGAUAACAACGGGCAGAUAAGAGUGAUGAUAUCGGAUUUCGGUUUGUGUAAAAAACUCCAAACUGGUAAAAUUUCGUUUUCGAGACGGUCUGGGAUAACGGGAACCGACGGUUGGAUCGCUCCCGAGAUGCUCAAUAGAGAACGAACAACUUACGCGGUGGAUUUGUUUUCGCUGGGUUGCCUCUACUACUAUGUUCUCUCGAACGGUAGACAUCCGUUCGGUGACAGUUUUCGAAGGCAGGCGAAUAUUCUGUCGGGAAAGUACGAUUUGUCGGAUUUGAAGGGUCCCGAUUGGCAGGUGCUAAUUCAGGUUACCCUCAUCACCGCUCUGAUAUCCGCCAAGCCCGACGAGAGGCCUUCGUGCGGCGCCGUUUUGGAGCAUCCAGUGUUUUGGGAUUACGAUACGAUUUUGCUUUUCUUUCAAGAAAUUAGCGAUAGAGUGGGCCAGUAUCCCAAUAUCGAGGACAGCGUUGGGGAGAAGCUGGAAGAAGAUAGUUACUAUGUUGUUAAGGAGAAUUGGAAGGCUCAUAUCGAUUAUACGGUGGCGACGGAUUUGAAGAAAUACCGUAACUAUCAAGGCGAUUCCGUCAGGGAUUUACUGCGCGCGUUAAGAAACAAAAAACAUCACUACAGAGAACUAUCGUUGGAGGCCCAGAAUCUACUGGGAGACAAUUCGAAGGAAUUCUCCGAAUACUGGCUCGGCAGAUUUCCUCUAUUACUGGUGCACAUUUGGAUAACGAUGCAGUGCCUAUCGGACGAAAUAAACUUUAGAAAAUUCUACAACGCCGACUAUCGGUAUUCGGUGGCGGCUUUUAAAAAUCAACUGUUGGAUUACGUCUCGAAGAAUCCCAUCGUUUUGCCGGACAAUUAUUACGAAGAGGCUCGAAGCAACAAUUCCAGUCCCAAGGCGAAAUUCGUUCCGCCCGGUUUGAUUAGGUCUCGGGGCUUGUACAGGAACAACGACGAAGGUAACAGGUUCUAUCAGAAAAAGAAAAAGGCCAAAAAGAGCGACGAACCGUUGGUGUGGGCCGUUGGUAAUUCAUAA